CAAUCUCUAAGAUAUCGCCGGUACUAUCACAUAGAAACUCACAGUAAUGGUGGUGCAAAAAUUCUCAAAAUGUACCAUGAUGAAAUAAAGCAUUUGAGUUCAAACGAUACCAAAGAAUUAGCCAAGGAGUUUUUUCAGUUGGCAUUUCAUGAAGACAAAGAAGGACAUGCCACAUUUGUACUAGCUGUUGUACAUGGAUCUGCCACAUACCUUCCAGAUAUUCUUUCUUAUAUGGCUGAAAACUACCCUAACUUAACCGUCAAAAAUGGUUUGUUAAGUAAGAGUUCUGAUAUAGAAACGACGUCAAUGGCGGUCUAUAAUGAAAAUGUUUGUAAAAAUUACGAAGCUGGUACAGUGCGUUGUGGACCUCUUCAUCAAAUAAGCAUAGUGGGUACAGCUCAUGAAGAAGUCGGAGGAUAUUUUCCUGAUCUCUUGGCACUACUUGAAGAAAAUCAAUUUCUCAACUUGACUAUGCCCUGGGGACCACUAUCAAUUUGUGAUCAAAUGAAACCAACCGACAGUAAUGAUGGACCUAUUAUUUGGUGUAGACCAGGAGAGCAACUUGUACCGACAGUUGAUUCCAAAACUCCAAUUAAAAGAAAAAGGAACAACGACCUUGUGGCCCAGCAUCAAACAGCCGUCAACAACCGAAAAAUUAUUUUUAUAAUUAACAUAAGACAUGUAAACAAAUGACACUUUUUUAGGCCAACCCAUGUUUACAUAUUUACAAAUUUGCGUCAAGGUUUUGUCGUUUUGAGUUUCAAUCCUGAUCUGUUCCCAAUCAACAGGCAGUUCAUUGUUGGAUGCUAUAAAAUUUAAAUAAGAAACUUCUAUGUCAAACUCUUUGAGUUGUUCAUUUAAAGACAAGCGAGAAAAAUAAUCAGUAUUAUUCUUUGAUUUAAUAUAUUCUAUAUCAAAAACGAAAUUAGCUAAGAUCAAUGCCCAACGCUGUAAUCUAUUGUAGCCAGUAAAGAAAUUCCCUUUUUAUCCCCAAAUAAAGUAACUAAGCACUUCGCGUCAGUUUUUAUUGUGAAUUUCCCACCGUAAACGUAUUGAUAAAAUUUUUGCACCCCAAACACAAUAGCUAAUGCCUCUUUUUCUACCUGUGAAUAUUUUUGCUGGUUACUUGAUAGAGUUAAACACGCAAAACUGAUGGAUUUUUCUACAUUUUCUAUUACAUGUGAAAUCAUGG